AUGCAUGUGCCUUCCGUUCUGCUUGCUACGGCCCUCGCCGGCAUCGCAAUUGCGAAUCCUAUGCCGCGAGCAUCUGAAUAUGUCGGAUAUCUUGUCUCGACCUUCACCGAUGUCAACCCGAAAAUUCAAUUCCACCUCUCGGAGGGCAACAGUGCAACAAAUUUCAAAUUUUUGAACGGUGGAAAUCCUGUUCUAGCUUCGACCGUCGGAUCAAAGGCCGUCAGAGACAUCUUCCUCACCACGAACUCCGCCCGAUCCGAGUGGUUCUUAAUUGCAACUGACCUCGACGUUAAAGCAUCCGGAUUCUCAUGGGAUGUCGCUACACGACAGGGAAGCCGUGGCCUCGUCGUUUGGAAAUCGACCGACUUGGUCAACUGGUCCGGAUCCACAUUGGUGACCGUCGAAGCACCAACCGCAGGUAUGGCCUGGGCCCCAUCCGCCGUCUGGGACGACGCCACAUCGCAAUACUACGUAUUCUGGGCAUCGCGCGAGUACGCCGAGUCGGACACAGCCCACACCGGCAGCGCAACCCUCGACAAGAUCCGGUACGCGACGACGAGGGAUUUCACAACCUUCAGCGCGCCGCGGGACUACCUAGCGAUCCCCAACGUGCCCAUCAUCGACCAAGAAUUCCAGUACCUCGGCACGCCCGGAAGCUUCGCGCGCUUCUACAAGAACGAGUCGACGCAGCAGAUCGCCCAGGACAUCACCACCGAAGGUUUGUUCGGCACUUGGACCAACAUCGGGUAUGCUACGAAGGACAUCCCGCGCGAGGGCCCGGCUAGUUUCGCGGAUAACGUGACGCCUGGAUUGUACCAUCUGCUCGGGGAUGAUUAUACCCAAUAUAUUCCUUAUUCGUCGACGAACAUCCGUUCAGGGGGCAGCUAUACGAAGUCGAGCACGACUGGCUUCCCUACGGGCUUGAAGCAUGGCAGUGUGACGCCGCUGACACAGGCCGAGUACGAUGCGCUUGCUGCGGCGUUUCCCGCAUAG